CCACCUGUCGUGAUUUCCCGUAGAGUUCCAUUUUUGAAAAAUGGCGACGAAACAAGAAAAAGAUGCAGCACUCCUGGAGAGUGAAGGUGAUGCUUCCUUUGGUGAUUUGGCAGUGAACAUGGACACUGACUCCUCAAACAGCAAAGAAGCGAUGGCCGUGGACGAGGAGAACAGACGGCAGCUUGGCGAGGUGGAGCUGCAGUGCGCACUGUGCAUGAAGUGGUUCACCGCUAACACGUUUAACAUUGACACCGCGACGUCUCUUCCUUUCAUUACCAGCUAUGUGUUUCACUGCAAUAUGUGUCAUCACAGUGGCAACACUUACUUCUUGAGGAAACCAGCCAAUCUGAAGGAGAUGUGUCUCACCACACUGGCCAAUCUGACGUGGAGGUCACGCACGCAAGACGAGCACCCCAAGACCAUGUUCUCCAAAGAUAAGGAGAUCAUCCCCUUCAUCGAUAAGUACUGGGAGUGCAUGACCUCGCGACAGAGGCCGGGGAAGCUGACCUGGCCAAACAACAUUGUGAAGGUCAUGACCAAAGAGCGGGAUGUUUUCCUGGUUAAGGAGCGCUCUGACCCCGGCAGUAAAGAUCCAGAGCAGGAUUACCCAAAGUUCGGGCUGCUUGACCAGGAUCUGGCCAACAUCGGCCCCUCUUACGACAACCAAAAGCAGACCACGUCUGUCGCCGGUGUGCGAGAACAUACCGGUGAAUCUUCGUUUGCAGGCGCUCCUGGAGGCCCAGGGAAAGGCAGAGGAGCCAAGCGGAAGCAGCAGGAUGGAGGAACAGCUGGGGUCACAAAGAAAACCCGCAGCGACGCGCUGUUUUCGGCUCAGCGCCUGCCUCCCCACGGCUACCCUCUGGAGCACCCCUUCAACAAGGACGGGUACCGGUACAUCCUGGCCGAACCGGACCCUCACGCCCCCGACCCCGAGAAGGUGGAGCUGGACUCCUGGGUGGGGAAGCCCAUCCCCGGGGACCUGUACCGUGCCUCCCUGCACGAGCAAGUGCUGCUGACCCUCCACGACAGGGCCCCCACGCUGAAGGUCUGGGACGACCGUCUCACGGUGACGGGGGACAAGGGGUACUCCAUGGUGCGGGGGUCCCACGGCGUGCGGAAGGGCUCCUGGUACUACGAGGUGUUCGUGGACGAGAUGCCGCCGGACACGGCUGCCCGGCUGGGCUGGUCGCAGUCUCUGGGUAACCUGCAAGCCCCGCUGGGCUAUGACAAGUUCAGCUACUCGUGGCGCAGUAAGAUGGGAACGCGCUUCCACCAGUCCGUGGGGCAGCACUACUCAGACGGCUACGGCCACGGCGACACCCUGGGCUUCUACAUCCAUCUUCCAGCAGAGACCGAGACCGGCAAGGCCCUGCCAGACACCUACAAAGACAAGGCGCUGAUUAAGUUCAAAAGCUACCUGUAUUUUGAAGAGAAGGACAACGCGGACAAAGCAGAGAAGAGUCUGAAGGCUGUGAACUCAAGCAAAAUUAUAUUUUACAAAAAUGGGGUGAGCCAGGGAGUCGCUUAUAAGAACCUGUUCGAAGGGCUCUACUUCCCCGCCAUCUCCCUGUAUCGGUGCUGCACGGUGUCUGUAAAUUUUGGACCACAUUUCAAGUACCCUCCAGAGGACAUCGAUUACCAGCCGAUGAGCAACAUGUCCUCAGUGGCGGUUGUCGAGCACACGAUGGCGGACAUCUUGUACCACGUGGAGACGGAGGUGGAUGGCCGUCGCAGUCCCCCCUGGGAGGGCUAACCCCCCUUCCUCUGCCUCACCACCCCACAACCCUGAUUCCAGCCCCUCCCUUCCAAUCAGGUUCUCAAUUAGAGCAAAGCACCACUGAUGUUGCCAGGAAGCCACUCUCCCUGUCCAGAGAGAGAUCAUUCACAAGCUGUGCCUUAAUGCAUUUGGGUGGAGUCAUGUAGGAUGAUGUCAUUGCUGAGAACAUUAUUUUUGUGCGUUUGAUUUUUCAAAAGCAAUGUCACACACACUGGUUACCAAAGUGUCUAGUCUUCUGUUAGUAAUAAAGCACAACUGUUUGUUUCCUCAUAAGAAUAAUUUUGAGGUAAUCUGUACCCUGUUCAUUUGAAUUUGUGAAUGUUAUCGAGGACCAAUACCCAUCAUUUCAUAAUUUGAAAGACUACUUAACUCAAUGUAGGCUGUUAGGAGGGCAAAGCAUGCACUCUAUAGAGUUUAUGUAUACAUUUCUUAAAUUUCAGCUUUGUGAAUGGUGUAAAUUUAGUUCUGUUCUACCUCUAAGGCUGGGCCUCCGUCAUAAACUGUGUAGCUGCCAUGUAUGGUCAUUUGCUUCAUGGUAACCAAAUGUCUGGUCAACUGAUGCAUUUUUAUAAAUAUUGUAUGAUGAGAAUGGUCAAAUAAAAUAUUGCUAAAAAUAAA